GUUGUUGUGUGCCUCAUAACUUUGCUUUCGCUUUUACUUAUUUCAUGGAACCCUUGUCAGCCGAUGCUGAAGCUGAGUGUUGCUGACGAUGGCUAGACCAGUGACCCUUGAAGAAACCAACCUGAAAUGGGAGACCUUUAAAGGCUCUAUUCCCAACGGAGCGGUUUCAAUCUAUAACGGAUACGAAAAACGCACCGACUACGUUGCCAAAUAUGGGGACGAGCCCGGCUUCUUCAACCCUCACCUGGAUCCUUACUGCCACUACUUCUAUGCAGGCGAAGAGCUUCGUAGCUCCACAUUUGAGAUCCUGGUGAACAAAGAUGACUUUGAGUGUUUGGAAUGGAAGAAUGGCUCCUACGGUUCAGUGCCUGCAAAUGCAGUCUACACCUCCCCCAAUGACAUGUAUGUUGGGAAGAACAAGUAUGGUCUUGGGAAGGUACAUGUUAAAUAUAAGAACUUCUACCAUGCCUGGGGAGGUAAAGAGUAUGAAUACAAGAACUACCAGGUUCUGACCUUUAACCAAGAUGUAACCAGCGAGCACAUAUCUGAUGUCAAGUAUAAAACUAAUCAUCCUAAUAUCAUUAAGUAUCCCCCAGAGAUCUUGACCAAGUCUGCCAUCACCAACAAUAGCAACAAUCUAGUGACACAGACAGCCACCCUCUCAAAGACAACCCAAGACGAGCAAAGGUGGGACACCAGCUUUUCUAUGAAAGCGGGCGUCACGACUAGCAUCACUGCUGGAAUCCCAAGUAUUGCCUCUGCAACUGUUGGGUUUAGCGCGGCGAUAGGCCUCCAGUUGUCCAAGGGGACCAGUCAUACCGAGUCAACCACCCACUCUGUUGCUGUUGAGUGCAAAGUUCCACCAAAACACUCCUGCAGUGUCAGUAUGGUGGGGUAUAGGUACAGGGCAGACAUCCCUUACACUGCACGCCUCAAACGCACCUACAGAAAUGGGAAGACCAAGUGGACGUCCAUCACCGGGACCUACAAAGGCGUCAACGUGGGAGAAGUCCGGACUGUGGUGGAACCCUGUGAACAUCUGUAGGCCCCGUCCCUGAAAGAAUAAUGGAAGAGGCUCCAUGAGUUACAGUACCUGACAUAUUGUAUGUUGGAUACCCGUAACGAAAAGCUAAAAAAAACUAACU